AACGACCCACAGGUCCUUACAGAUAGAUAUACCUUACCUACCUACCUUAGGUAACCUUAGCUGACGAGACCGAGAGAGGUGCCGCCCCCAGGAGCUUACAACUUCGAUUGACCCACGCCACCUCAACGCAUGUCAAUGCAGCAGCAAUCAUGGCUUCGGCGGUAACCAAGGCCGUCCUCUCUCCGCCGCUGCGACGAGCUCUCUUCCAGUCGCGCGGUUUCCAGACCAGCACCAAGAGCCUACUCCCAUCGGCCUUCGGCUCUGCUUCCAGCAUCCCCCCGUCCUACUUCCAGAAGCCGUCGCUCCCCGCCAACACGGUCAUCCGCUUCGUCCCCCAACAGACGGCAUGGAUCGUCGAGCGUAUGGGAAAGUUCAACCGCAUCCUCGAACCGGGUCUGGCCAUCCUCGUGCCCUUCAUCGACCGCAUCUCAUACGUCAAGUCGCUUAAGGAAAACGCCCUCGAGAUCCCCAGCCAGAGCGCCAUCACGGCCGACAACGUCACCCUCGAGCUCGACGGUGUCCUGUACACGCGUGUCUUUGAUGCCUACAAGGCCAGUUACGGAGUCGAAGAUGCUGAAUACGCCAUCUCCCAGCUGGCGCAAACCACGAUGCGAUCCGAGAUCGGCCAGCUGACGCUCGACCACGUCCUCAAGGAGCGCGCCGCCCUCAACACCAACAUCACGGCUGCCAUCAACGAGGCGGCGCAGGCCUGGGGCGUCACCUGCCUGCGUUACGAGAUCCGAGACAUCCACGCGCCGGCCGGCGUGGUCGAGGCCAUGCACCGACAGGUCACGGCCGAACGCUCAAAGCGAGCCGAGAUUUUGGAGUCGGAGGGUCAGCGGCAGUCGGCCAUCAACAUCGCCGAGGGUAAGAAGCAGAGCGUCAUCCUCGCCUCUGAGGCGAUGCGGUCCGAGCAGAUCAACAGGGCGUCGGGUGAGGCGGAGGCGAUUCUCAUGAAGGCCAAGGCGACGGCGGCCGGCAUCGACGCCGUUGCCAAGAGCAUCGCCAACGGCGAAGAGGCGGCGCAGGGCGCUAUGAGCCUGUCCGUCGCCGAGAAGUACGUCGACGCGUUCGCCAAGCUGGCCAAGGAGAGCACGGCGGUGGUCGUCCCCGGAAACGUCGGCGACAUCGGAGGCAUGAUCGCCACGGGCCUGAGCGUUUACGGCAAGGUCGGCCAGGCGCAGGCCAAGGCGAUGGCGAAGCAGAUUGUCAACAAGGAGUCGGAAGGAGAGUCGGGCGACGAUGCGCAUGCGCCGAAGGAGCCCAAGGCCCUGAAGGACUCAGUGCUUGAGAGCUUUGACGAGACGGCGGGCAACAGGUGAUUUCCGGACGACGCGGCCGGCGUUGAUGAACAAACACAAAACAUCACAUCACAGCACAACACCACCACUGAGGAAAAAGCGUCGAAUGUGACAUUAUGUACUAUUAUUACCCACUCAACCCAGAACUGCGGGCGAGAAAUGCCCCUACGUAGGAUCAAAAAAGAC